GUUCCUGGCGGCUCUCGGACUGGUUGAAAACAGCACCGAGAUUCUGGUAGCGAGCAUGCUGAUCUCACCACUGAUGGGCCCCAUCAUGGCGUUCACCUUGGGCACGCUGGGCCGCGAGCGGCGGCUGCAGCGGCGCGGCGUGCGCGUGGAGGUGCUGGGGCUGGCCGGCUGCCUGCUGCUGGGCUUCCUGUUCGGGCUGGCGGCGGCCGGCGUGGCCGGGGGCGCGCCGCCCUCCUGGCCCACGCGGGAGAUGCGCGCGCGCGGCGAGCUGCACGCCGUGUGGGUGGGCGCGCUCGUGGCGCUGCUGUCUGGCGCCGCCGUGGCGCUCGCGACGCUCGGCGGCUACACGGCGUCGCUGGUGGGCGUGGCCAUCUCGGCCGCGCUGCUUCCGCCGGCCAUCAACGCUGGCCUCCUGUGGAGCUUGGCAUGCGCCUCGUUGCUGACGCGGCGCGACGCCACUGCCCUGGCGGAGGCCGCUGCGGACGCCGUUGACGCGAUGAACGGCACAGCCACCUUGAUGGAGGCGCCCGUCCUCCCCCCCGCCCCCACCCUGGGCAACCGCGAAGUGCUCUCCGUCGCCGCGGACCUGGCCAUGCAGGGCGCUCUCAGCGUCUGCCUCACGCUUCUCAACAUCCUCUGCAUCUUCGUCGCGGCGAUGAUCGUGCUCAAGGCCAAGCAGGUGUCGCCGACGGCCGAAGACCGGCUCCUGCUGUGUCUGGACCCCGAGCUGCCGGCGUCGCCCGCCGCGUCGAAUAACUGUCGCCGCCGCCGCCACUGGUCCAUGGCGCAACCUCCGCAACUCUCGCGCCGCGUGUCGCUGCUGGUGCAGCAGGCGUCUGGAGGCUGCGACACGUGCACCCGCACGUGGUCGCCGGGGGCGAGGCCGUCGCGCUCGUCGCUGCAGGACCUUCGCAGCCUCUACCUCUCGACGCUGGGCCCCGCCUCGGGGUCCGUCGACACGCCGUCGCCGCCAGUCCAGCCCCCUCCCCAGGCCCCGCGGCCGCCAGCGGCCCUGCAUUCUCCGACGUGA